CAACGUGUUUCCGAUUUUGCUUGUGACCUGCUCGGUGUCCUUUACCAGUUGUGAUUCGAAUUUUUGACAGAAAAAGCAAAUAAAAACAGCAACAUUAUGGUUAUUGAAGAUAAGAUGCUUACGAACGGAGAGCCCGAAGAGGAGGAGGAAGAGGAGGAGGAAGAGGAAAUGGUGGAUCCUCUUGAAACAAUAAGACAGAAGUGUGAGGCAGCUGAGCACUGCGUUCACACUCGUGAGCGUCUGGAGGCGUGUGAGAACAGAGUUGGCUCUCGGUCUUCGACAGAGGAGGAUUGCACUGAGGAGCUGUUUGACUUCUUGCAUGCGCGCGACCACUGUGUGGCUCACAAACUGUUUCAUUCUGUCAAAUGAUGGCCCUCUUCAACAGCUGUGCUAUCAGGGGAACUUGGUUUAAAAUUCAUGCUUAGUGCAUCUGCAGUGUGUUAUAACCUAAAAAUAUGUACUUCUGUCAUGUGAAGAAGUUGAACAUGCGACUCUUGAGUCAACAUUUCAUUAAAGUGGCUUGGAAAAUGUGUA